AUGAAAUUCUCCUUUGCUUCUCUCGCCCUCCCUCUGUUGGCGGCUGCCGCUCCCACCAAGGAUGAUAACCCAGCCUUUGGUGUGAUGUCCUCCCGUUCGGCCUCGCCCAUCCACCUCCUGCCCAUGAACGCCGCAGGUCAGCACUUUUACCUUGGAGGAAAAGCCUCCACCUACUGUCCCCUUCCUGAAGGAAAGGGCUGUCCCCCGGGGACUUCGACCGUCUUUGCUCCGGGCGGAAGCGGCCUGAACGUCAUGGUCCCCGGUGGCCAACAAGUUUACGUCAACCCUGACGGUGCCCUGAGUUUCACCCAGGCUCACUCGGCGUACGUUCCUCCUGGCUCGGCCCUGGGUCCCUUCAGUUACGAGCCCGGCGAAAACUUCGGCCACUACACCUUCACCGGCUGGGGUGCUUCCGGUUUCAUGGCCUGUCCUACGAAGGACCAACGGUGGCAGGUUUUCGCAAACCUGCAGAACGCCACCGUCCCCACUGGCAAUGUUGAGGAUUGUUUGGGUUUCUCCGCCAUGGCUCCCAAGGCGGACAGCGGGGCUGCUGCUUGGCAAUAUAUCUAG